CAAAGAAACCCACGAAUCACUCCCAGAGUUGACCGCUGAGUUGGCUAUCGAGUUUGCGGAGUCUUAUCUGACGCAUCUUGACGGCCUGUCCCAUAGUAUCUUUCACCAAGAAACACUUCGAAGACAAGUUCGCGACAAAGAAAUUGGAGAUGCAUUGCUCUAUUCUAUAUGUGCUCUUGGCUCAAAGUUCUCCCCAAAGUCUGAGCACCGCGCCAUGGAGGAUCCGUUGAUGAAGGAGGCGAAGAGACUGGUGCAAGCAGAUCUGGAGAAUGUGUGCAUUGAGAAUGUGCAGACGUGUAUUCUUUUAUCACUUCUUAGUGCUGGGAACUGCCAGACUUCUUCAGAGAUACUAUUCCUUCGAAUUGCAAUUGGUAUGGCUGAGGUUCUUCAGCUUAACUUUUCGGCGGAUGACCCAAGUAUCGUGAGUGAGACAGCUCUUAGAACUUGGUGGUCUCUUUACAUACUCGAUCGUUGGUGCUCUUCUGGUCUUGGCAUACCCCGACAUUUGGAUAACCCUCACUGCCCUGAUUCAUCUCCUCUGCCUAUCGACGAAACGUCCUUCAAAUGCCUCCGACCUUCAUCCUCAAACCAAAAUUCCAGUCGAACUCCUGGUGUCUUUGCCCAUAUGGUGACCUUAAUCCAGCACUUUGGUCAUAUUCAAGGCGUGAACCGCGCUAUGGCCAAGGGAGACAUGGUACCGAAGGUCAAAUGUGAUGCCAUCAAACGCAUAGGCCAGAAGCUCGAAUCAUGGAGGACCGACCUGCCAGAGAAUAUGCAGAUGACAAUACAAAAUAUCUACAGCCACCAGCAGAACGAUCUAGGAGGACAUUUCAUCGCUCUUCAUCUGGUAUUCCACCACCUCUCCGCACUGGUAUACUUCAACUCUCUCGAGAUCAAAGAGCCAUCAUACAUGGGACAAGAAGGUCACAUAGCGCUGUGUAAAUCUCACGCUUCGUCUUUCAGCAGUUUAUUACACAUUUCCCGACAGAUGAGUGGAUGUCAGCAGAACUACCCGACUGUUGGACACAUGACUACCGUAGCAUCUGCUGUUCUUCUACACACGCUUUUGUUUGGCGAGCCGGAGGAUAUCCCGAAAGCGCGACAAGAAUUGAACACGAAUUUCGAAGCGUUGAUUGAACUUCGACAGUACUGGCCAGCAACAGAAGCAAUGAUUGAUGACUUUCCAAAAGAUAUGCCUGUUGUCGACGGAAAGUCACAAGUUGGAUGGAUGGAUGGUAAGGUUCUUGCUGGAACAUUCUCUCGGACUAAUGAAGAGGAAUUUACCCAUCAUACCACAAACACUGGACAUCGAGUCAGAAGAUUUCACAACAAGGACGAAUGA